AGAAGUCUCUAAGGAAGGUAAUAAAAACCCUCAAGGUCCACAUGUGCCAGUCUAAGGUUAAAUCUAAGACCUGCUACUUUAACACUCAGGUUGAAGCAAAAAGAGAUGAGCCCGAGCUACGUCAGAAAGUACUUGAUCUUGAAGACUUGGUCAAGUUUGGCAAGAAGAAAUCUUUCUGCCCAUACUACAUGGCACGAGAACUGAAACAGGAUGCAGACAUCAUCUUCUUGCCUUAUAAUUACUUGCUUGACCCCAAGAGCCGUAAGGCACAUGGCAUUGAGCUUCAGGGUAAUAUUAUCAUAUUUGAUGAAGCCCAUAAUGUGGAAAAAGUUUGUGAAGAAGCUGCAUCUCUUCAAAUACGCUCUACAGAUUUGGCUCUUUGCAUUGAUGAAGUUACUCAGGUAAUGAAGAAGCUUCAGGACAUAAGUGAAGGUUCAGAUAUUGCAGCUAAUGCCUCCAGUCAGGGCUUACCGGACGAUUUCAGUCCAGAUGAUCUUUAUACGUUGAAAGCACUCUUCUUGGAAUUAGAAAAGGCUGUAGAUGAUAUAGUUCUCCCAACAGAUGGCUCUGGAUCUACUUUCCUGGUAGCUAUAUGUUUGACCUUCUAG